AACCAACUCAGUCACAAUCCGAGCACCGACUUCGGCUGGACUUAAAGCCGUUCGCACACGCGUCGUGAUACGUGCUUACGCCACCCGGUAUCCGUUCGAUGCGAUUCUAACCCCCAAAACUGGAUUUUGCUAAUCGAAAUCGUUGCGAUAAUGAGUUGAACGCGCGAAUAUGUGAUUGUGCAGUGUCGAGACAUGCGAAUUUUGGAGAUUAAACUAGUGAAUCUGUGAAACGAAAAGCGUUGUUGUGUUUAUAUCUCCGAGGAUCCUGUUUCUACGCUCACUUUGGAUUAAUACGUCUCUUGCUCUUGCAGCGGCCAGCAGUUUUCAGUGGAUUGGAGAUACAUGGUGUUUUUCUAGGAUGUACGAACCUCCCCGAUGAUGGUCUACCUCUUCACCACAAUGCUGUGGCUCAGCCUGCUGUUCGUCUGGGCGUCCGCAGGAGCCGAGCACAUCAGGAACCUGGAGAUAUCCGAAGGAGCACCGGUCGGUACCAGGAUAGGAUUCAUUGGAGAUGGCGCUUCCGACUCAGGACCUCCCUACCUCAUCGUACCAGUGGGCAGCGCUGUCGAAACAGACCUCAGCAUCGACCAAAACACCGGAGAGAUCCGGACUAAGGUGCAACUCGACCGUGAGAAACGCAACAGCUACUCCCUGGUUGCCAUUCCUAUCAGCGGCGACAACGUCAAGGUCAUAGUGAAGGUGUUGGAUGAGAAUGAUAACGCUCCUACGUUUCCCACUAAAGUUAUGAACAUCGAGUUUUCGGAAAAUACGCCCAAAGACGUCAAACGCACUUUGAACCCCGCUAAGGACCUGGACUUGGACUUGUACAACACCCAACGUUACAAUAUAGUGUCAGGGAAUGUUAACAACGCCUUCAGGUUGUCUUCACAUCGUGAGAGAGAUGGUGUGCUUUAUUUGGAUCUCCAAAUCAAUGGGUAUCUAGACAGGGAGACUGUCCCGACUUACAGUUUGGUCAUAGAGGCUCUGGAUGGAGGUACGCCGCCUUUGAGAGGAGAAAUGACUGUUAACAUAACCAUACAAGACGUCAACGACAACCAGCCGAUGUUCAACCAAACCAGAUACUUCGCUACGGUACCCGAAAACGCCACCAUAGGAACCAGUGUGUUGAAAGUGUAUGCCAGUGACAGUGAUUCCGGUGAAAACGGUCAGAUAGAAUAUUCCAUCAACCGAAGACAAAGCGAUCGCGAUAAUAUGUUUAAAAUCGAUCCUACCACUGGUUUGGUAACAGUAAACAAGCCAUUGGACUUCGAGACCAAGGAACUGCACGAGCUGGUGAUCGUAGCCAAAGACCACGGUUUGCAACCCUUGGAGACGACCACCUUUGUUUCUAUAAGGGUUACUGAUGUUAACGACAACCAGCCUAUCAUCAACGUGAUAUUCUUGAGUGAUGACGCCACUCCAAAGAUUAGUGAAUCAGCGAAGAAGGGAGACUUUGUGGCUAGGAUAUCUGUGAAUGAUCCAGACUCCAAGACUGAGUACUCCAACGUUAACGUAACCCUUACAGGAGGCAACGGAAGGUUUGGACUAACAACUCGCGACAACAUCAUCUAUCUGAUGAUCGUUUCGAUGCCUCUGGACAGGGAGAUGCAGCCCAACUACACCCUGAAGGUCGUGGCUACCGACCAAGGGAACCCACCCUUGCACGCCUCCAAGGUUAUCAACCUGCAGGUGACUGACAUCAACGACAAUCCUCCUAAGUUCGAACGCGAUGUCUAUUACGCCAACGUGAUGGAGGUGUCAGAUCCGGGGACGAGUGUUAUCCAGGUGGUCGCGAGCGAUAUGGACGAGGGGAACAACAGUGCGGUACAUUACUCGUUGAGGGAUUCCCCGGAGACGCACUCGUCUUGGUUCCAGAUCGAUCCGCGUAGUGGUCUGAUAACGACAAGAGUGAAUGUUGAUUGUGAAACAGACCCAGUGCCUCAGUUGACGGUGGUGGCUACUGACAACGGUUUCCCGCCGUUGUCAUCUACUGUCAAAGUGCUGGUGACGAUACAUGAUGUGAACGACAAUGAGCCGAUCUUCGACCAGAGCUUCUACAACGUGACAGUGGCUGAGAAUGAGGCUGUUGGACGCUGUAUUUUUAAGAUCUCUGCAACCGAUCCUGACUGUGGGGUCAAUGCCAUGGUGAAUUACACCAUCGGUGAUGGUUUUGGAAAAUUGAAAGAGUUCGAAGUCAGAUCUUCAACUGGAGAAAUUUGCAUCAGUAAGGAGUUGGACUACGAAACAAGAAAUUCUUAUGAGUUCCCAGUCGUAGCUACUGACAGAGGUGGCCUCGGCACAACUGCGAUGGUCAAAAUCCAGAUCACAGACGUCGACGACAACCGUCCAGUGUUCUACCCCAGAGAAUACAACGUCUCCUUACGCGAGGGUGACAGUUCUUUUUCAGCAAAUUCACCAGUUGUGGUCGUCGUGGCGACAGACGCCGACUCGGGACGAUUCGGCCAGUUAACCUACAAGAUCUCUGCAGGAAACGACGCUGGACUCUUCAGAAUCGACAGGCACACAGGGGAGAUAUUCGUCAACCGUCCAGGUUCCCUUUCCAGAAGGAAUCUGCCUUAUCACCACCUGAACAUCAGCGCCACCGACGGCGCAGAUCUGAAAUCGGCUGUGGACGCGGAAGUGUUCAUUUCUGUGAUCGAUUCUGCGCAGAGACCGCCCAUUUUUGAAAGAGCUAGAUACACGUUUUCUGUGACAGAAAAUGUGGAGAAGGACACGCUUGUGGGAAAUGUUACUGCUCGAGUUUCUGGCACAGAUACAAGAGGUAACGUGAGAUAUUCCAUAUAUUCUGGCGACCCAGACCAGUUCUUCAAAAUAGGCACAUUUUCUGGCGUUAUAAGGACAGCUAACUUCUUGGAUCAUGAGACCAAAUCCAAUGUUCUCUUGAACAUUCAAGCUACAAGUGGAGAUCCACCAGUGUAUGGACAUACUCAGGUCAACAUCGAGAUAGAGGACGUGAACGACAACGCCCCCGAGUUCGAGUCCACCACCGUCCGGAUAGCGGUGCCGGAGAACGUCGACGUGGGGGUCCCGAUCUACUCGGCCCAGGCUGCCGACCGGGACUCGGGCGCGAACGGCGUUGUCAGAUACAGGAUCGUCAAUCAGCCGGCCGGCGGCAAGCUGUUCGAAAUCGACCCCAGACACGGCCAUCUAACCCUGACGCGUCAUCUCGAUUACGAGAUGACGCAGAGGCACACCAUCGUCGUCACGGCGACGGACACCGGCAACCCGCCGUUGUCCGCGAAUUUGACCGUUUUCGUCGACGUCCAGGACUUCAACGAUAACCCGCCCGUCUUCGAGAGGCACGACUACGUGGUGCAAGUCUCUGAGGGUCUUCCGGUCAAUUCGCAGAUCCUCCAGGUUGUCGCAGUGGACCUCGAUACCGGCAACAACGCAAGAUUGACAUACAGGCUAUCGCAACAAAACAAUUCCGUUUUGGCCAGUAAAAUAUUCGGUAUCUUUCCGAACAGCGGUUGGAUUUACCUCAGGGAGAAUUUGGACAGGGAGACCAAAGACAAGUUCAAUUUGAUCGUAGCUGCAACUGACAACGGUACACCUCCCCAAACAGCAACAGCUCGAGUCACCGUUAACGUUUUGGACACUAACGACAAUAGUCCUAUUUUUGUGAAGAAAUCUUACGAGUUCCAGAUUGAAGAGAAUCAACCGAGGAACACCUUCGUUGGAACCGUAUCUGCCAAAGAUGCUGAUUACGAAUCCAAUGCGAUUGUCAGGUAUCACAUCAUACCGUCUAAUAGCAGCUUCCAGAUAAACAGCAUAACAGGACAAAUCUUCACGAAAGAAUCUCUGGACCGAGAAUCGAAAGAAUCGUACGACAUCAUCGUGGAGGCCAAAGACCAAGGGUCCCCAUCUAGAUCCGCGAGGGUCCCCGCCAAAAUCCACGUUCUGGACGUCAAUGACAACUCCCCGGAAAUAGUCGACCCCCAAGAGGACGUGGUGAGCGUCCGCGAAGAGCAGUCCCCUGGAACGGAGGUCGUAAAGGUGAGAGCCAUCGAUUCCGACGUGGGGGAGAACGCCUCCAUCACCUACUCCAUCGUCCGGGAGAAAGACUCCGACGGUUACGACGCCUUCACCAUCGAUCCUGUUUCUGGAGUGAUCAGGACCAGGGUCACCUUGGACCACGAGGAGAGGACAAUCUAUCGGUUGACCGUCGCUGCUACUGAUGCUGGCACGCCUCCCAAGCAGAGCGUAAGGAAGCUGAGGGUUGGUGUGUUGGAUUUGAACGAUAACAGGCCUACAUUCACUAGUUCGAGCUUGAGUUUUAAGGUACCGGAAGACGCAGGAGUGGGUCACACCGUAGGUUCUGUCGCUAUUUCCGAAUCCUUGGACCAAGAAAACGCCAUCUAUGGGAGUACAGGCGGCCACGUGACAUACACCUUGACUUCCUGCCUCAAUGAUCAAGUGAAAGGUGCCUUCGAUAUAGACAGGACCACAGGCUUCUUGAUCGUCGCCAAAGAACUGGACAGGGAAUUGCAGUCCAAGUACCAACUGGAAAUAAGAGCUUUGGAUACCAGUUCCGUAGAUAACCCACAGAGCAGUGCGAUAACAGUAACGAUUGAAAUCGAGGAUGUGAACGACAACUAUCCCAAAUGGCCAAUGGAUCCAAUCACCAUAAGUAUCAACGAAGAUGCUGAUCUAGAGUCGGUUAUUCACAACUUCUCAGCUUUUGACCCAGAUAGUGGUAGCAAUGGUGACGUGAGAUACACUCUCAUGAAGCAAGAACCAGAUAGUUCAACCUUCUUGAUAGACUCUCUCACAGGUCAUUUGAUUUUGAACAAACCUUUAGACUAUGAGAACGUCAAGGAGUAUUUUUUAGUAGUUGUUGCCACUGAUCAGUGUCCUAAUAUCACCCAGAGAUUGAGUUCUUCUGUUACUGUAAGAGUACUGAUCAGAGACGUCAAUGAUAAUGCUCCAAAAUUUGUACAUCCCAUAAAGCAUUCAAUCGCAAUGGAACAUGGAAUUAGUGUCGGCAUGGCCAUCACUCAAGUGGUUGCUACUGACGAAGAUACAGGUGAAAACGGUAGAGUAACGUAUAUACUGUCUGAUGAAAAACGAGAUGGCUUCUUCUCACUUGGAUACGACACUGGAAUCCUGACGAUUUUGAAGCCUUUAAAAGAAUACCAGAAAACCUAUUCGGUUAACAUCACAGCUAUGGACCAAGGUCACCCCCAAAAACGAUCUAAUCUACAACUGAAGCUCAACUCUGAAGAUUCUGAGGACAGCGGCCCAAAAUUCCUGAACUCUGUUUUCAAAGCUAGUGCUUCUGAAGAUGCUGCUAUUGGUACAUUCGUCACCAAAGUCACAAUUUCUGGUUCUUCAAAUCAUGGUGAGUUUUAUUGCUUCAAUUUCAUAUAUUCUAGACUGAUGAUGUUUGUUUUUGCAGAUGCUAACUUGACGUUCUACUUACCUUCCGAAGUGGCUGAUGAUGCUUUCUCAAUAGACUCCGAAGGAAAGAUAACCGUUGCAAAUUUUUUAGAUCGUGAAAAGAAGGAUGUGUAUAAUCUACCUGUAUACAUCAUCGACUCCUCCAAGUCCUCAAAAACACUCUUCGACGUUGCCAGCCUUCUGAUAACAGUUUUAGAUGUCAACGAUCACGCGCCACAAUUCAAGAACGGUGCUUGUUACCGGUUGUCAGUUCCAGAGAACAACGAAUACGGCGUAAUCCACACAGUAACAGCUGAAGACUCGGAUGAAGGCUUGAACGGACAAAUCACCUACGCCAUCAGUGGCGGCAACGUCGGAAACAAGUUCGGCAUCGACGCAAAGACCGGAGAUCUAACUGCAAAAUCUCUAGACCGCGAAAGCUUCUCCAGGUAUCACUUGACGAUCUUGGCGCAUGAUAGGGGCAAUCCUCAGCUUCAGGGUUAUUGCAACUUAACGGUUUUCGUCGAGGAUCAGAAUGAUAACGAUCCCAAAUUCGACGAGAUGAAAUAUUCGAGAUCUAUCAAAGAGGACAUUGCUGCGGAUACAUCUAUACUUAGAGUGCACGCUUCAGAUUCCGAUAUUGGAAUCAACAGUAGGAUCAUCUAUUCCCUGGCCAACGAGAGCCAAUGGUUAUUUCGGAUUGAUAACAAGACUGGAAUCAUUUACACUGCAGGGUCAUUCGAUAGAGAAGUCAAAAGUGUCUACAAAUUCUUGGUGGUUGCCACAGAUUCUGGAAAAUACAAUGCACGUUCAACAAGAGUACCAGUGACAAUCUUCAUCGAAGACGUCAAUGAUAACACACCAAUCUUUUCCAAAUAUCCCUUCAGGGAAAAAGUAUCGGCCUACAUUCAACCCGGUCAGCCUAUUGUCACCAUCCAGGCAAAAGAUUUAGACAUAGGAAACAACGCAGAAAUAGUGUAUAGCAUACCUCAAGGACAUGGGCACGCCAAAUUCCGUAUCAACCCGAACAAUGGCAUCUUAACCGCUACCCAAAGCUUGGCUAGUGAAAACGGACAGAUAAUCUACAUCGAAGUUGUGGCAACAGAUAAGGGUAACCCUUCGAAGAGUACCACAGGUCUUGUUGAAAUUACGGUAGGGGACAUAGCAGAAGAAACGCCCAAACUUGUGUUUCAAACUAGCAGGUACGAUUUAUCACUGAUGGAAAAUACAGAAGAACAUCAGCAUGUGGCACAAGUGGCAGCGGUGAGAACAGAUGGAAGGAGACAGAAGAUAUCGUACUCUUUCGGAAGUGGUAACGAAGAGAACAUCUUCAGUAUCAAUAGCGACAGUGGGUAUAUCCAAGUGAAGAAUUCGAAGCAGUUGGACUUCGAGAAGCACCACUCUAUUCACUUGGUGGUUGAAGCUAAGACAGAUGGGUACCCUGCUCUUCGAAGCUAUUGUGACAUCGUAGUCAACCUUACGGACCAGAAUGAUAACGCACCAAGAUUUUCACAAGAGCUCUACACGGCUUCUGUUUGGGAGGAAAACAACAAAGGAACAUUCGUUCUUCAGGUUGUGGCUCUCGACGACGACGGAGGUCAAAACUCAAGAAUUAGGUACCACAUAGUCGAUGGAAACCGAGACAACGCCUUCAAAAUCGAGCCUGCCUUCAGUGGAGUAUUGAAGACGAACAUAGCAUUGGACAGAGAGAUCAGAGAUUCGUACAGGCUGACUGUUAUUGCAACUGAUGAGGGUAUACCUCAGAUGACGGGAACGGCGAAGAUAAAAAUAAAUAUUCUGGACGUGAAUGAUAACCAUCCAACAUUUCCCAAGCCGAAAACCAUUCAAGUUCCUGAAAACACCAAUGUGGGUAAUGUCCUCACCACCGUGUCUGCCAAUGAUGUUGAUUUAUACCCAUCUUUAACCUACAAAUUCUCUGAAGAUAACAGUGCUGAGAUCAAUCAGUAUUUCAGUAUCGAUAGAUUUAGUGGUAAAGUAACCUUGAGGCGAGGACUGGACUAUGAGUCUAGACAGGAAUUCACCAUGAAGAUUUUGGCUUCGGAUUCUGUACAUAUUGCUGUGACAACCUUAACUAUUAGAGUAACCGAUGUCAACGACAAUGCACCAGAGUUUUCUCAGAACUCCUAUACUGCAGCUUUGCCAGAAUAUUUAAAUGGUACACCUAUAGACAUAAUUCAUCUCAAUGCAACUGAUAUCGACUCAGAAGAGAACGCACUUAUCAAAUACAGUAUACUUGGUAAACCACAGGGCUUUACUAUCAACUCAAAUGGUGUUCUUCAAGCAAACUUCACGAACUUUUCGAAAAUUUCCGAAGAUAUCUACUUGAUCGUAAAAGCUGAAGAUUCUGGAAAAUCUCCAUUACAUUCUUUGACCUCCGUUAGAGUGAAGUCCAGUGGAUCAAUGCCCGAUAUUGGAAGAAAUAAAAAAGAACAAAGGCUCAAUAUACCUGAGAAUCUCCAAAGAGGCAACAUCAUCCUAAAAUUACCUCCAACCUCACGAGAGUCACUGCCAUAUGCAAUUGUAGAAGGAAACGAAGAUGGUAGAUUCGAAAUUGUCCCCAGCCCUUCAAACCUGAUUCUUGCAAAACCUCUGGAUAGGGAGACGAAGGAUUUUUACCACCUCAAGAUUUCGAAUGGCGAAGAAGAGAGUCCCUCCAUGAUGAACGUUUUUAUAACUGUCGAAGACUUCAAUGACAGUCCUCCUGUCUUCAAAAGUGAAGCUUACAAAAUAAGCAUACCGGAGAAUACUCCUCAAGGCUCUUCAAUAUCUACGGUUUCUGCCUCAGAUGCAGAUCUAGCAGGAACACCAAACUCUGAAAUAGAGUAUGAGAUAACAUCAGGCAACGAUGAGGCAUGCUUCUCUUUGGAGGAAUCGACUGGUGUACUCAAAGUCAAUAAAACUUUGGAUUAUGAUAAUGGAAAACAACAAUAUAUGCUCAUCAUAAAAGCCUGUGACAAAGGAACAACACCAAUAUGUUCAUUUACAACGUUCAGAGUAGAUUUAGAAGAUAGCAAUGACAACAUGCCGAAAUUCCCAGUAUCUGAAUAUCUGGAGUUUAUUGGUGAGAAUGAACCUGUGGGCACAGCAAUAUUUACUGCUCAAGCUACUGAUUUAGACAAGGGCAUUUAUGGAUACCUCAACUAUUCCCUGGCAAGUUUACCUUCCAGCAAUGAUGACUCAUAUAAGAUGUUCCACAUUGAUUCUUCUUCUGGCUUAGUCGUUACCAAUGCGGUGUUCGAUUAUGAGCAAAGAAGCAAAUAUAUUUUCAUCGUUAAAGUAACUGACAGUGGAGGUUUUUCCAACUCUGUCAAAGUCAGAGUAGAAAUAGAGGGCAAGGAUGAAUUUUAUCCCCAAUUCACGGAAAAGACUUACAAGUUCACCCUGGCUACUUCAAUCAACCUUCCUCUAGGAUUCAUAGUCGGCUACUUGCAAGCAACUGAUAGAGACAAGGGAGCGGAUGGAAGAGUGGUGUACCAAUUGACAACUCAACAUAACUUCUUCAAAGUUAAUCGAACUACUGGUGCUGUUUUGAUAAAGAAGAAAUUGGAUAGUUCAGACUCACAUGAUUUAGGCCGAGAGGUUAGUCUAGUGGUAUCAGCCAGUUCUGGGCGGCAAGGCUCAUUGACCAACAUGUCAGUUGUCGAAAUCAUCCUAGAUCCUUUAGCAGAUCCAGGCACCAAUUUGGCCAUAAACAGAAAAGACGGAUCCAGUGUUGUAACAGCAGAAGAUGGUGCUUUCAAUUGGGCUAUCGCUUUGUUUAUCAUCAUAGUCUUGAUAGUGAUGGUUUUCGGAGCAGUAUUCGUCUUUCUUCACAUGAGAAAUAAGAGGAACAAAGGUGGAAAUAAAUCUCAUCUAAACUCGGAAUCAGCCAACACUUCCAACAACUAUGUGGAUCCUUCAGCUUUCGAUACGAUUCCUAUAAGAAAUCUCGGAAACAACUCCAACAACCAAAACCAAUUCGCCCCACCAAAGUAUGAUGAAAUACCGCCAUAUGGGGGAGGUCAUCCAGCAAGCUCGAACUCUGGAGCAGCUACAACUUCUGAAUUAUCAGGUUCUGAGCAGUCAGGUUCAAGCGGAAGAGGAUCAGCUGAAGACGGAGAAGACGGCGAGGAUGAAGAGAUCAGGAUGAUAAAUGAAGGUCCUCUUCAAAGAGAUCCAAGAAUGAUGUGUCAAAACGACGACGACAAUUUGUCAGAUAUGUCAGUGAGAAAUACCCAAGAAUAUCUAGCGAGGUUAGGAAUCGUGAACAAUAAUAGUAACGCAGCUGCUCAGACAGCAACAAGGCUAUGUUCCGAUCCUAGAGCCGGAAGUAGCAAAGAUACCGUGCAUCACCAUCCCUCAGUUCCUUUAGAUAGUCUGAAUAUCUACGAUGAGGAACGAAACAACGAUCACGACAUCAGUAACUUUUAUGCUAAAUUGAACGAUGUAGCCGGAAGUGAUAGAGCUAGCUCGACCGACGAAGGUGGUGGUGUAAAUCCUGGUUUGGACCACGUUAUAGCUUUAGCCUCCUAUGGAGAAGUCCCCACAGUAACUCAUCAACCUUCUAUGAAUGGUUCCCUGAGUUCAAUUGUUCACAGUGAAGAAGAACUAGCGGGAAGUUAUAACUGGGAUUAUUUACUGGACUGGGGUCCUCAAUAUCAGCCUCUAGCUCAUGUUUUUUCCGAAAUAGCAAGACUUAAAGACGAUACCGCUUCCGUGAAGAGUGGCGCGAGUGGUAAUUCUAGUGUAAAAAGCAAAAAUUCAGUGGCCUUGGCAAAAAACGUUUCACCGCCUAUGAUAACAAGUGUUGCGCCAAGAGCGAUUACUAUGCCAGUGUUGAGUGGAAGGACAUCCAACCAUCAUACCGGUGGUCACAACCAAAUGCAUCUGUUACCCAGAUCUCCUAUCAGUCAUGAUGCAUCAGGUGCACCCUUCAGUACGUCGUCUGCGAUGUCGCCUAAUUUUUCACCGAGUUUAUCACCUCUAGCAACAAAAUCGCCAAGUAUUUCGCCCUUAGUAGCUCCAGGAUUGUCGACAACGCACCACGUCAUGCGGCAACCACCUCAGAACAGGAAUAAAACUAUCGUUGAAACAGAAAUGAGACUUUAGGGAGAAUUUAAACUUCUUUUCUCGGCUGUGUAGUAGUUACGAAAGACUUUUUUUUCAAUGUGUAAUUAUGUAAAUAGUAAUAUUAUGAUCCUGCCAUUUAAAGCCAUUCUAAUGCAACGAAUGUGACUCGUUUGAAUGUUUUUGUAAACUUAUAAGUUAUUCAAUUUUGUAAAUAUGUAAUAUUCUUGUAUGAUCAACUUUUGAAAAUAGUGUCAUAAAUUAAUUUUCAAAUUAAUAUGAAUUUCUUUUUUUAAUUCACCGAAAUAUCGACAUGUUUUAAUUAUUAAAAAACUUUUUUGAAGAAUGUGAAAAUCUGUGAUUGUGUUGAACACUACCUAUUUUUAGUUAAGUAUAGCCAAAAUCUGUAAUAUUUCAUGAAAUGAAAUUAUCUUGUAUGUCUUUAUUAGGAAACGAAUUGUCAAAAUGAAUUGUAAAAAUUGAAUCAUCAAAACAAAAUAAAGAACAAUUGAAAUAAAAUGAUGAAUAAAGAAUAGCCAAUUA